UGAAUGAGGAAAUUAUGAGUUGUCACCAAGAUAAUAAAUUAGUUGAAGAGGUGGUUUAUACACCCAUUGAGGAUGUGGAUGGGACAGUUAAGUUCAAACCAAAAGACAGUAGGAAGAAAAAUGACACGCUAUUUUUAUAUUUCAUUGUAGUCACAGCGAGUGUUCAGAUAUUCGUGAAAGGUUGUACCAUUGUCUGGCCAUCCCCCGUGAUCCCUCAACUGAAAUCGAAUAACUCGGAUAUCAACCCUCUGAAAGAUCCAAUAACCACGGCUCAAAUCUCGAUGUUAUUUGGAAUACCCUCAGCAUUCAGAAUACUUGGAGCACUAUUACUAGGAAAGUUACCGGAUAUCAUCGGUAGAAAGAAGACUCUGCUCGUUAUAUCGUUAUUAACUCUUCCACCCCAUCUAGUAAUGGUCCUCUUUGGAAGCCAUAUAUACGUCUACAUCAUUGGAAGAUCCAUCGCGGAGAUAGGUUUUGGGUUUAUACUGUCCGCUUUGCCAAUAUAUCUGAACGAGAUUUGCGAAGAUCACAACAGAGCUAAACAUGGAUGUCUCAUGAUGUUCUUUUUACCCCUGGGGGGUCUUUACGGCUAUCUUGUAGGUCCUGUUACCAGCGUCAGAUGGUUCACAUUUUUAUGUGCAGCACCUCUGAUCCCGCAAAUCAUUCUUUCAUUGGUACUACUUCCCGAGUCACCAAUUUACUCGGCCGCUAAAGGAGAUAGAGUAACCGCCAUCAACACAUUGAAGAAACUGAGAAGCAACAAAACCGAAGACGAAAUUGUUCAAGACUACAUUGAAAUUGAAAGAUCUCUAACGAAACGAAAUGAAGGUGUUGGAAGCGGAUUCAAAGAACUAUUCUCAACACGCGGUUUGAGGAUGGCAACUUUAAUUGGAUUCUUAGCAAUCUUGAGUAUAUCAGUCUCAGGAGUGCCUAGCGUCAUGGCCUACGUAGCACCCCUCUUCAAUGAUGCUAAUACGAAUCUAUCUGGAAACUCGGUGGCAAUCUUAGUGGGAGUUGUUAAACUGACUUUUUAUUUCGUAACAUUUGCAGUUGUGAGAAAAGUGGGUACAAGGCCCUUGCUACUUUUUUCGUACAUUGCCACUGGAGUGCCUCUCACCAUCACUGCUGUGUAUUUCUAUCUCAACGCCACCGAUUCGCCAAUUGUUCAUACCAUCAGAUGGUUACCUAUAGUAUGCGUACUUCUUUACAUUGCCUGCUAUUCUUUAGGUAUAGGUUCAGUAACAGUAUCUCUACUGAGCGAGCUAUAUCCUAACGAUAUGAGAUCUACAGGUUGUUGCUUUGUUAGAACAACCGUUGCUAUUUUCAAUACCAUUAUAUCCGCAUCUUUUCCCCUAGUAGUAGAGUAUUUGGGAGUGCAUUAUAGCAUUGGAAUGUUUAGUGCAGGUUGCUUCCUAAUUUUUGUUUUCAUGUACUUUUUUUUGCCGGAGACCAGAGGUAGGAGUUUUUCAGAAAUCCAGGAGAUACUUAGCAAGUGAAUGCCAUCUAGUGACUUUCCGAUAACUGUAGGCUUUUAAUAUCACUGUUACUGCCAUAUGAAAACUAUGUUUACAUUGAAAUCAUAUUGAAUAAUCCAUUGUUUCACCUUCUUUUACUGUGAAAUAUAAAUAAAUGAAAUAAUGACGGGUUGAA